AUGCCAGUAAACUUGUUGUUGGAGAAAAAUGACUUAUCUUUGAACAAUUUGCCUUUGGAUCAAACAAACACAUCUUUACUUAUGAAAAAAAAUUACCAUACAAAUGGUAAUAAUAAUAUUUUUGGAAAACAUGAUACUAAUUAUUCAGAUGAAGAUCUUAAUUAUUCAUUGGCGGCAAAUCCAAAUCACAAUACAGUACCUAGCUAUCCCAUUUUUAGUUUUAAUUCAGAAGAAUCUUUUCCAUCACUUAAGCCAUCAGCUGCAGCUUCUGCAAAAGCUGAAAAGGAAACAAAGAAUCAGAAUGAAUUAGGGGGGCAUAAUGGUCAAAUUGAUAAAAAAAGUUACCCAAAAAUAACACCUUUAAUUAAGACAACAAUUGAAACAUUACGACUUGAAGCUAACCAACAAUCACCUUUAAAAGAGUUUGGAAGCAAAUCUACAGUAGGGGAGGUUGCUCGUCAUGUUAUGGAAGAAACACAUACACACAUUGAUAUGUCUACUGCACGAAAAACAGGAAUAACGACGUUCUUAAUCCGUGGAAAACCUGAUGAUGUUCAUCGUGCUCGAAGAAUGCUAAUGAAAGAACUAACACAAAAGGUUACUAUAAAAUUGUCAGUUCCUUUAAAUACGCUUGGUUCUAUUAUUGGCACUCGAGGAAGAGUUUUGAACAGUAUUAUUGAAACAUCAGGAGCUAAAAUACAGCUUCCAAAGCGUAAUAUUGGAAAAGAUGCAUCUAUUCAGCAUCCAAAUAGUGAGUAUAAAAAUGAGAUGGUAGAAAUUAUUAUUACCGGGGACAAAGAAGGUGCAGAAUCAGCAAAGAAAAAAAUAGAAACUAUAGUAGAAGAAAAGACCUCUCAUAUAACUUUAAAAAUUACUUCAAUAAACUCAGAAUUCUACGGUUUAAUAUCGGGUCUAAAUAAUUCAAAAAUUAAAGAAUUGACCGAAGGAAAAGACCUUAAGAUUGAAAUUCCACUUCCUUGUUUAAUUGAUGCUGAUGAGAAAUCAAAACCUAUUACAAUUAGCGGAGAAAAGAAUCUUGUUAAUAAUGCAAAAAUAUAUAUUGAGAACUUGUAUUCAGAACUUCAAUGCACAACUGUUCAAGCAUCUAUUAUUGUUGCUAAAAAGUUACAUAAGUAUCUUGAUGAAGAAUUACAGAAGGAUAUUUUAUCUCAAUUGCAAUGUUCUUUAAUAAUUUCUCCUUCAUCUGAAAAUAUAUUAAUUCGCGGUUCUCCUAUAUAUAUUGGAAAAUGCAUUCAAAAUGUUAUGGAUAGAGUUAAAUCUAUACAUAUAGAUUCAUUAAAUAUUGCUGAUGUACAUUCUUCAGAAACAGAUCAAACAGUAUAUGCUAAAGAUAUUUCAAGAUAUUUUUUUAAAAAAAAAGAGAUUGCAAGAAUAGAAAAAGAUUAUCAAGUGCAAAUUACAUCACCCACUUUAGAAGUAUUAUUAAAAUCAGAUUCUAAUCCUGUUAUAUAUGAAUUUGCAGGUAACAUUGAAAAUGUUAAAAAUGCUAAAAAAGACCUUACAAAACUUGUUAAUUCAUAUCCUCCAUAUUGCAUUCUAAGGCUAAAUCUUGAUCCAUUAUUACAUUGUCAUAUAAUUGGUCAAAAGGGAAGAAAUUUACAAAAAAUAAGAGAACAAUAUUUUGUAGAUGCUCUUUUUUCAGAUGAAGAUUCUUUUAAUUCUGAAAUUGUCCUUAUUUAUGAAGGAAAACCAAGGGAAGAAUUGCCUUCUGCAAGUGUUGUUCAAUCAAUACUUAAUGGUGUUGCGGAAUUACUUAAAAAAACAGCAACAGAAAUGUCUGAUAUAGUUUCUCAUGAUAUUCAUAUUCCUGAUAAAUAUCAUAAAUAUAUACUAGGUCCUAAAGGUACAACGUUAAACUCAAUCAUAAAAAAGUCAAAUUCAGUAGUCAAGGUUAAAUUUUCAACUGGAAAAAAAAAAGACACAGAUAAUAUUAUUAUUGAUGAAAAUAUGGUCAAUGUAAGAGGUGUAUCAUUUGGUGUAGAAUACGUUGUUAAAGAAAUCGAAAAAAUUGUAGAAGAUUUGAAACUUCAAGAACUUCAUUCACACUCAGUAACUUUUGAUUUUCCACAAAAAUUUUUAAAAAACUUAGUUGGUAAAGGAGGUAACAAUAUUAUGAAAAUAAAAGAAGAAUUAAAUGUCAAAAUUGAUUUUCAAGAUGGAAAAGUUACUAUUCAAGGAUCCAAGAAAAAUGUAGAAGAUGCAAAAUCACGUGUUGAAGCUUUUGCAAAGAAAAUGGAAGAUCAAAUGGUAAUUCAUUUAUCUAUUCCAGUGAAGCAUCAUGGCAGUCUUAUUGGCCAAAAUGGAAAAUUUGUAAAACGACUUGAAGAAAAAUAUAAAGUUAAAAUUAAUUUUCCUCGUGAAAAUUUGGAAAAUAAAAAUACUCAUGACAAAAAAUCAAACAUGAAAAAUGAAGUUACAAUUCGUGGAGAUAAAAUUGCAGCAACGUCUGCAAAGUUAGAAUUAUUAGAUCUUUUAGAUUACGAAAAAGAACAUGGAAAUACAACAACUUUUACAAUUCCUAUGUCUGCUGUUCCUCAAAUAGUGGGUAAAUCAGGAAAUAAUAUUAACGAUUUAAAAAAUGAAACUGAGACUCGAAUUGAAAUUGAAAAAUCUACAUCAGAUGAUCCAUCUGCUAUGGCAACUGUUUUUAUUCAAGGAACUAAAGAAGGAAUUGAGAAGGCUAAAAAAUCCAUUCUUGAUACUGUUAAAAUAAUUCAACAACAAGUUACUCGUACUCUUGUUGUUGACAGAAAACAUCAUCGUACUCUUAUAGGUCCUGGAGGAAGUACUUUGCGUAAUAUUAUAGUUAGCUCAGGUGUAGUUGGGGAUCGUGCACAGCUUGCUAAAAUAGUUCAAUUUCCUAAAACAGAGAAUAUCUCUGAUAAGAUUAUAAUUAAUGGUGAAAAGGUACUAGUAGAUAAGAUCGAAAAUAAAAUCAUAUCUAUGGUAAAAGAAAUUGAAGAAAAAACAACUCUUGUUAUAUCUAUACCAUCAUCUAAAAUGAAAGUAAUAAUUGGUAAAGAAGGAAGUAUGCGAAAAGAACUUGAAGCAAAAUUUUCUGUUAUAAUAAAGAUACCUAGAAAAUUUACCGAUAACAUACAAGAAAAUGUAGAAAUAAAAGUAAUAGGGAAAAAAGAGCUAGCAGAAAAAGCAAUAGAAGAGAUAAACAAUUUUAUAAAAACAGAAGAAUGUUGUAUAAUCAAUGUUCCUUUGAAUUCUCAUCAAUGCAUUUCAGAAAAUGGUACUUUUGCUCGUCGUAUGAAAACAUUGCAUGGAGUGAUAAUAGAAUAUAAUGAUCAUUUAAUACCAAAACAGGAAUUAAGCAAUGAAAUAGAAUAUCUCAACACUGAAGUUAAAGAUAUAAAUGAUAAAUAUUCAUGGCAUGUUAUUGUAGACCAAGAUGAUAAAGAUAUUUUAUGGACAUUAAAAGGAAAAACUGAGAAAGUAGAUCAGGUUAAAAAUAUUAUCAACAAGAUAAUUAAGCAAGUAAAACAUUAUACAGCAACCGGUUACCUUAAAAUACCUUCAAGUUAUCAUGGAAUAAUUAUAGGACAAGGAGGAACUAGAAUAUCCCAAAUAAAAACCGAAACAGGAUGUUAUAUUAGUGUUCCUCGUAUGAACAACGGUGAUCUUAUUACUUUAAGAGGAACACUUGAUGGGCUUGAGAAAGCACGGACAAUGAUUAUAGAUUCUCUUAAUUUUGUACAUAAGAAUAUAUAA